GGGCUGGCGAGGACGCGCACGUAUGCACGCAGUGUUUUUUAAAAGAUUGUACGUGCUCCCUCCCGGCAGACGACCCGCGCGGGUUUAGGCUCUUUGUGAGGAGGCGACUCCACCGGAUACCGGCAUCAUUCCUAGCAUGGCGGACGAUAAACCAAAGGAGAGUGUGAAAACUGAAAACAAUGACCACAUCAACCUGAAGGUAGCUGGCCAGGAUGGCUCUGUUGUCCAGUUCAAAAUAAAGAAACAUACGCCACUGAACAAGCUCAUGAAAGCUUAUUGUGAACGACAGGGAUUGUCAAUGAGGCAAAUUAGAUUUCGGUUUGAUGGGCAGCCUAUUAAUGAGACGGACACACCAGCACAGUUGGAAAUGGAGGAUGAAGAUACGAUUGAUGUUUUCCAGCAGCAGACGGGAGGAAACUUCUAGAACAAGUUUUGCUUAGUCUCACCCACUGCCUCCACUGUUCAGUUUCCUAUGUUCACAAUCAUCCCCCUUCCCUUACUGUACAUAAUAGGGGUGGAUGUGUGUUAUUCUAGGGGUUAAUUUUCCCUUUCCCUUUUAUCUCUGCUUUAAGUAUGAUUCUGGACCAAGUUAUUUUGAGAUGGUGGGUGCUUUGCACAGUCUCUCACCUCACUUAUUGCUAUGCUCUUUUAUUCCAGUAAAUUAUUUUUUUUUUUUUAAUUAUUUUUACAAGCCCAACAACUGCUUAGAUACACAACUGCUGUUGCUUGGGGUGCUGUACAUGGUUCUCAACUAGAAUACUUAAAGGGAGCAAGCCCACUUCUCAACUGGUAUUCAUUGUUAUCAUUUUUUUUUUUUUUUAUUACGAUUUUAUAACUUUUUGUAUGUAGCUGUUACAUGUAGCUGGGUGAAUAGGAAAAAUGUAAAAAGCUGAAAAAUCUUAGGUAUUCCCUUCUGGCAUCUCGUUGUUUAAAUAAACCUGGUUUAAAAGAAACUAUUAAGUGU